AUGUCCAAGAAGAAGUUUCUCUCCGUUGCAAAAGAUGGCUUUGGUUUCUGUAGCGUCACCUUCGGCUGGGACAUGCACGAUCAGACCUACUUCCGAGAGCUCGAAAUCAGCAACAAAGAGAAUGGAUACAAAGACCUGGUCGCCAAGGUUGAUCUCUCCAGCUUUCGCCGCAUCCCCUGGGAAGACAAUGUCCCUUUCUUUCUCGUCAGCUUCUAUGAUCCAGAUACCGACAAGCCCAUUAGUGCUUGCCCCAGAGGCAUCCUCCGUACCGCGGUCGCCAAACUGCAUAAGGCUGGCUAUGGCGCCAUGGCCGGAGCCGAGUAUGAGUUCUACACCUUCCGCGCCCCUAGAGACGAUUCCAUCCAGACCAAACAUGCCACCUCAGCCACCACUGCUCCUUUCUUACAGACAAAUCCUGUCAAUGCCCUCCCGCAUCUGACUCAAGGAAUGUUCGGAUAUUCACUGACCGAUCCCAUACACAAUCAAGAUUGGUUCUAUGGUAUCUGGGAUGCAUGCGAGAAGUUCAAAUGCAACAUUGAAGGUUGGCACACUGAAUCCGGCCCUGGUGUUUUUGAGGCUGCCCUGGAGUUCGGAGAGAUCACGGAAAUGGCCGACCGAGCAAGUCUGUUCAAGUAUGUCGUCAAAGCCAUCGGCAGCAAGCACGGAAUCACACCGUCGUUCAUGGCCAAACCAAAAGAAGGACUGCCAGGAAACUCCGGCCACGUCCAUUGCUCCAUCGUGGAUAAAUCGGGCAAGAAUCUUUUCUACCGAGGGGAAAGAGAUCCAAAUCCCCCAUAUCAAGACCUUGAAUAUGUCUCAGAUCUGGGUCGCCAAUUCCUUGCUGGACUACUCGAAGGCCUUCCGGAUGUCAUGCCAAUUAUUGCUCCCACCAUCAAUUCUUACAAGCGGCUCGUGGAAAAUUUCUGGGCUCCGGUCACCGUCUCUUGGGGUCUUGAGCAUCGAGCGGCAUCCAUUCGAGUUAUUGCUCCCCCUACAGCCUCUGCGAAAUCAACGAGAUUCGAGAUCAGAGUCUGUGGUGCAGAUUCAAACGCCUCCUUGGUUCUCGCAACCAUUGUCGCACUUGGAUGGAGAGGAAUUGAGAAGAAGCUCGAUAUUCCCAUCCCACCUCUCGGUAAAGGUGAAGAGGUGGGCGGCUCUGCCGAUCAAGGGGAGAGACUUCCGAAGAACCUCAAAGAUAGCACAGCAAGAUUUAUGGCUGAGGAAAGCAUUGCACGCGAAGUGUUUGGAGAUGAAUUUGUCGAUCACUAUGGAGGUACAAGAGAACAUGAGCUACGAUUAUGGGACGAGGCUGUUACCGACUGGGAGGUGAGGCGCUACAUCGAGACCGUAUGA